CAAUUAGAUGCAUAUAGCUGUACAUGUACAACGAAACCCUGCUCCAGAUGUCCAUAUACUGGCUGCUGGAAUGUGUAUUUAUAAGCUGGUUGUCUUGUCCUAGCUAGCUAUAUAGGUGGAAUUGUAGAUAUAGAUCAGGUAUAAUCGGACCUGUUUAUUGGAUCUCGGCAACUAAAGUAGCUCGAUCAGUACUAUAUAGUGUGUCACUGAAUGAGUAGUCAUCCUAAGAUUACCUUAAUCAAAGGAACACAGUGUCUUCAAUGGCCAGCUCAACUCAUGGUGUUGAAUCCAUGGAGAGUACUGAUCGUACAACAGGAGGAAAUAUGCUCUCUAUUGACGAUCUGCAUCAUGUUUUAAAUAUCCUUAUUGAUGCUAGACAUAAGUGGUACAACAUUGGGCUGGCUUUGAAUGUUCGUGAACUUACUUUGAGAAAAAUACGAGCUAAUUUUCAGAGUUUGGAGUGUAAGGAUGUCGAUUGUCUACGAGAGAUGUUGUCUCAUUGGCUGCGAAAUAGUCGAUCGACAACCUGGCAGAACAUCAUCCGAGCUCUUUGUUCGCGAUCUGUAGAUCAGAGAAAAAUUGCUGAGAAUAUAGCCCAAUCCAAAGGUCUCACUGCACCAGCUGCUCAGAAUCCAAUAGCGUUCAGUGCAUCAGAGGAUGUAUCACAACCGACUGAACGUACUCUUACUCAACAGCACAGUGCUAGUAUGCCAUCAUUGGGUGGUGAUUACAUGUCCUUUGCAGGAGAUGAGCUAUCAAGGGAACAUCGUGCCUCUUCAACUGCCUCAAUGACCUGCAAUCUCAACAACCCAACUCAUGCUGGGCCCAUUGAUUUCCCCCAUAUGUUGCGAUGGAACAGUCCAUGUGAUAUUCGAGCUCUUAAGGAAAUAUCCAGCCCCAUCGAUGCUGCAGUUCACGAUGACACGGCAUACUUCAGGCCCUAUCAGACCAGGAAAAUCUAUUUAUACAAUUUGACGAGGGGAUGGUCAAUAGCAGCUGAUUGCCUUGUCAGAGAUACUUCUUUGGUUGUGUUGCCUGUUCCUUACAAACAAGCUGUUCGUUUCCUUCUUCACACAAUCGGUGGAGUCGAGCGUAAAAUUCAUCGGCAAAAUAAAAACGAAGAAGAAUACACAGAUGCUAUUUAUCAGUUGACCGAUCCUGCUCACAGAGAAUGGACACGUUCAAUUUACCCAAUAUUGAGGACGAAACGAAGCCAGAUGGCAGUUGUGUUCAGCAAUGGAUGCCUAAUCAUAGUUGGGGGCAACAGUGCUCAUGGAAUAAUACAAACAGUCGAUGUUUUGAUCGUUACAUCCCAAGACAAGGUAUGGCAUGAGGUUGCCUGUCUUCCUUAUAAAGUGUUUCGUGCUUCUGGCUGUGUGUGCAAUGGCAUGCUUUACAUACUAGGAGGAUACGUGGUUAGAGAUGGAGAUAUUGUUCCAACAAGGAAUGCAUGUGUAGCAACAGUGUCGCAACUUGUUAAAUCUCACACCAACGAUCAUGACAUCUUCAGGAAAAUACAAAGUCUGGAAUUUAAACACUCUGGAUGUGUGUCGUUUCGCAAUCAUGUAUUGGCAAUUGGAGGCUCGAAAUUUGACACGGAGACACAUCAGCAAAAAGGGGUGAAGCUUGUCCACGUCUAUCACACUGGUGAGAAUGUUUGGAAGGAGCUGAAAGGUCAAUUGUCUGAGCCUCGAUGUUUAGGUUUUGCUGCCGCUUUUGAGAACAAGCAAAAGUUAAUGACUGUAGGAGGGUAUAAUAGACCUUAUGGAACAUGUACUGAUACUGUAGAGUUUGCAAUCAUUCCCAGUGAUGAGCCAGAGCAAGUCUGUCAGGCCCCACUACAGUCUGAGAGGGAAGCUGGCGUUGAGGAGGCGUUGGUGAGUGAUGCACAGCUGGACCGUGUGCGAGAAAGGAAGGCUGAAAAAGAUUCUUUUAAAAUGGAUGAUGUAAAGAAGCAAAGAAAGAUGGACAAAGGAAAGGGCAGAGUCAGCAGCAGAGAUGAGAGUCAAAGUGUUCACGCUCAAUGUACUUUACUUUAAAUUAACAUUAAUUAGCACCUACCUUAACCAUGAUUUGAUGUUGAUGUUGAUAUCACUCUUUUCUAACAAUUCUCAUUGUAAUGUUAGUGUUCCACUUCUUCCCUUUGUUGUUGUGCAGCCUGCAUCAAUCAGCUUUGUUAUGUGUUUUGUAGAAUUCAUUGUGUUUUGACAGUU